AUGGUCAGUGAGGGAUUUAUUCCGAACCAUUAUGCCAUUGGAAGUGUUUUACGAGCUUGCCAGGUUAUAGGGUCUUGUGGGAGUAGACUUGGAUUGCAAAUUCAUGGGUUUAUUUCAAAAACCCGAUAUGCAUUUGAUGUAGUAGUGUGUAACGUGUUGAUUUCGAUGUAUGGCAGUUGUCUAAAUUCUGCUGCUUGCGCUUGGCGUGUUUUUGAUGGGAUUCAGAUUAAGAAUUCCAUAUCCUGGAAUUCAAUUAUUUCCAUCUAUGCUCAAAGAGGUGAUGCAAUUUCUUCUUUUGAGCUCUUCUCUAGCAUGCAACAGGAGGGUUUGGCAUCUAGUUUUAAACCUAGUGAAUAUACUUUUGGCAGCUUAAUUACUGCAGCAGCUGCUUCUGUUGAUUGCGGUUUGUUUUUGCUUGAGCAGUUGCUGGCUAAAAUUCAGAAGUCCGGAUUCCUGCAAGACCUAUAUGUGGCUAGUGCUUUUGUUAGUGGGUUUGCAAGGUUUGGAUUGUUGGACACUGCUAAGAUGAUUUUUGGGCACAUGGGUGUGAGGAAUGUGGUGUCCAUGAAUGGGUUGAUGGCUGGAUUGGUGAAGCAAAAGUGGGGAGAAGAAGCAACUAAGGUCUUCAUGGAGAUGAAAGACUUGGUUAGUAUAAAUUCUGAUUCCUAUGUGGUUCUUUUGAGUGCUUUUGCUGAAUUCUCUUGUUUGGAAGAAGGGAGAAGGAAAGGUAAAGAGGUUCAUGCAUGUGUCAUCAGAACUGGCUCAAGUGAAUCUAAGAUUGCAGUUGGAAAUGGUCUAAUUAACAUGUAUGCCAAGUGUGGUAAGAUUAAUGAUGCUUGUUCUGUUUUCAGACUUAUGGUCAAUAAAGAUUUGGUUUCAUGGAACUCCAUUAUCUCUGGUCUAGACCACAAUGAGUGUUUUGGAGAUGCUUUAAUGAGCUUCUGCACAAUGAGAAGCACUGGACUCAUGCCUUCAAAUUUCACAUUGAUUAGUGCUUUGAGUUCAUGUGGGAGCUUGGGUUGGAUGAGGAUGGGAGGACAAUUACAUUGUGAAGCGCUUAAAGUGGGACUUGAUAUGGAUGUUUCAGUUUCAAAUGCUCUUCUUGCUCAAUAUGCAGAGACUGGAUGUAUCACUGAAAGCAAGAAAGUGUUUUCCUUGAUGCCUGAAUAUGAUCAAGUUUCUUGGAAUUCUAUUAUUGGGGCAUUUAGUAAUUCUGAGACAUCCAUUUCCGAAGCUGUAGGACAUUUCAUAGAGAUGAUGCGAUCUGGAUGGAGUCUUAACAAAGUGACCUUUAUAAAUAUUCUUGCAGCAGUGUCAUCUCUUUCUCGUCUCGAGCUGGUUCAUCAAAUCCAUGCUCUAGUCCUAAAAUACAGUGUUAUGGAAGAUUGUGCUAUUGAGAAUGCGCUUCUCUGUUGCUAUGGGAAGUGUGGAGAGAUGAAUAACUGUGGAACUAUCUUUUCUAGAAUGUCUGAUAGGAGGGAUGAUGUAAGUUGGAAUUCCAUGAUUUCUGGAUACAUCCAUAAUGAGCUUUUACCUAAGGCCAUGGAUUUGGUCUGGCUUAUGUUGCAGAACGGUCAAAGAUUAGACUGCUUCACCUUUGCCACUGUUCUUAGUGCAUGUGCCUCAGUUGCAACACUAGAGCGUGGCAUGGAAGUUCAUGCUUCUGGGAUUAGAGCUUGUCUGCAAUCUGAUGUUGUGGUUGGGAGUGCGCUCGUUGACAUGUACUCCAAAUGUGGAAGAAUAGAUUAUGCUUUGAGAUUUUUUGGGUUAAUGCCUGUGAGGAAUGUCUAUUCUUGGAAUUCAAUGAUAUCUGGCUAUGCUCGACAUGGACAUGGAGACAAAGCUCUGGAGCUUUUUUCAAAAAUGAAGUUAGAAGGUCAACCACCAGAUCACGUCACCUUCGUUGGUAUCUUAUCAGCUUGUAGCCAUGUGGGGUUGGUUGAUCAAGGGUUUGACCAUUUCGAAUCUAUGAGCAAAGUGUAUGGCCUGAAUCCUCGGAUGGAGCACUUUUCAUGUAUGGUGGAUCUGUUUGGCCGGGCAGGUGAACUUGAUAAGAUAGAGGACUUUAUCAAUAGAAUGCCCAUGAGGCCUAAUGGUUUUAUUUGGAGGACAGUUCUAGGGGCUUGCAGUCGAGCAAAUGGUCGCAAGACCAAUUUAGGUAGAAGGGCUGCAGAAAUGCUUUUGGAGUUGGAACCUCAAAAUGCAACGAACUAUGUGCUUAUGGCUAAUAUGUAUGCCUCGGGUGGGAUGUGGGAAGAUGUGGCGAAGUCCCGAGCUGCAAUGAGGGAAGCAGCAGUGAAGAAGGAAGCUGGAUGUAGCUGGGUCACCAUGAAAGACAGUGUCCACGUUUUUGUUGCUGGAGACAAAUCACAUCCAGAUAACGAUGCAAUAUAUGAAAAGCUUGGGGAAUUGCACAAAAAAAUGAGGGACGCUGGAUAUAUACCCCAAGUAAAAUUCGCUCUGUAUGAUCUUGAACUGGAGAACAAGGAAGAACUCCUGAGCUAUCACAGUGAGAAACUUGCAAUUGCUUUCGUUCUCACUCGCAAAUCAGAAUUGCCUAUAAGGAUAAUGAAAAACCUUCGAGUUUGUGGGGACUGUCAUUCUGCCUUUAAGUACAUAUCACAGAUUGUUGGUCGGCAAAUACUAUUACGUGACUCAAACAGAUUCCAUCACUUUCGUGAUGUGAUGCCUGGAUCAAGGACUGUAAAGCUCUCAUCAGCAAGUACUGAGAUUGUCGAAUUACUUGCAGUGUCAAGGCGCGACAUUACUCCCAGUACUGACUGUCUGGCCCCUCCAGAACAUUGA